AUGAGCCGGAGAAAACCGACGAACAAAAGGGCGGCGAAGUGGCCGGAGGAGGCGGUGGUGGAAGUGGCGGCGGAGGCGGUGGUGGUUCCGGCGGCGGGAGUGGCGGCCGUGGAAGUGGUUUCGGUGAAGGUUAUGGUUCAGGGUACGGCGGAGGUGGAGCCGGAGGCGGUGGACGUGGUGGAGGAGGCGGAGGUGGAAGCGGAGGCGGCGGAGGCGCUGGUGGAUACGGCGGUGGAGAAGGAAGUGGUUCCGGUGAAGGGUAUGGAUCCGGGGGUGCAGGCGGUGGAGGCGGAGGUGGAAGAGGUGGCGGUGGAGGAGGCGGUUAUGGAGCGGGAGGAGCUUCUGGCGGCGGGUACGGAAGCGGCGGUGGGUACGGUGAAGGAGCCGGUGGUGGAACUGGAGGAGGAGGUGGAGGCGGACGUGGUGGAGGAGGAGGAGGCGGUUAUGGAACUGACGGAAGCGGUUACGGCAGCGGUUCCGGCUCCGGUGAAGGGUACGGCAGCGGAAGCGGCGGCGGAAGUGGUGGUGGAGGAGGAGGUGGUCGUGGUGGUGGUGGCGGUGGAGGAGCCGGCGGAAGCGGUUAUGGCAGCGGCAGCGGCUCCGGUGAAGGAUAUGGCAGCGGAAGCGGUGGCGGAAGUGGCGGUGGAGGAGGAGGUGGUCGCGGUGGUGGUGGCGGUGGAGGAGCCGGCGGAAGCGGUUAUGGCAGCGGCAGCGGCUCCGGUGAAGGAUAUGGCAGCGGAAGCGGUGGCGGAAGUGGCGGUGGAGGAGGAGGUGGUCGCGGUGGUGGUGGCGGUGGAGGAGCCGGCGGAAGCGGUUAUGGCAGCGGCAGCGGCUCCGGUGAAGGAUAUGGCAGCGGAAGCGGUGGCGGAAGUGGCGGUGGAGGAGGAGGUGGUCGCGGUGGUGGUGGCGGUGGAGGAGCCGGCGGAAGCGGUUAUGGCAGCGGCAGCGGCUCCGGUGAAGGAUAUGGCAGCGGAAGCGGUGGCGGAAGUGGCGGUGGAGGAGGAGGUGGUCGCGGUGGUGGUGGCGGUGGAGGAGCCGGCGGAAGCGGUUAUGGCAGCGGCAGCGGCUCCGGUGAAGGAUAUGGCAGCGGAAGCGGUGGCGGAAGUGGCGGUGCAAAUAUUCGUAUAA